CAAAAUACCUAGAACCAUGCUCGAAGACACACAACUUCACUGCCUGUGCAUUAGACCACGCCAAAAAGGCUAUACCUCAUCUGUUGAAUGGAGACAAGCACUUGAAAAUCCCCCCAAUGAACCCUUUGAGAAUAUCGCUUGUAGACCUUCAGGGAGGCAAAAAUUUCCACUUGCUGGCUAAGAAUAUAAAAGUCUUUGGUCUAGAUAAAGUAGAGGUAUUGGAUAUUGACGUUGACUUCGACAAAAUGGAAGCACACACUCUGAGCACAGUUCCACGUUUGGAAAUCUUAUCAGACUAUGAGAUGACUGGACACCUGAUGAUUUUCCCGAUCAACGGCCAUGGGCCAGCAAAUAUAACACUAUUAAAUGGUUUGUAUCAAUACAACUUCAGGUGGGAGAGAGAAUACAGAAAUGGUGAGGAAUAUGCAAAACUGGCGAAUAGUUCUUAUGACUAUAAACUACGAGACGUUCACUAUGAUUUCAAAAAUCUUUUCGACGGUAACGAGAUCCUCA